UGAUAGAAGUAUCCCCAGGCUGCGUGUCACCAAGUCUCCAGCCACAAAAAAAAGGUGCCAAAACCACCAGUAUGGCUACGGCACAGUCUGUGUUGCUGCUAGCAGUGCAUGUUCUGCUGAUCUCAGAGUUCAUCCUGGCUAAGAGAGACUACUAUGACAUCCUGGGGGUGCCGAAAGAUGCCACUGACCGCCAGAUCAAGAAGGCCUUCCAUAAGCUGGCCCUAAAGUACCAUCCAGACCGAAAUAAGGGCCCUGACGCCGAGGUUAAAUUCAGAGAAAUAGCAGAGGCCUAUGAAACGCUAUCAGAUGAUAAGAGGAGGCGAGAAUAUGACCAGACUGGCCAUGGCCCGUCUCCAGGGGAGGGCCAUGGAGGAGGAGGAGGAGGAGGAGGCAGUUUCAACCACAACUUCAACCAGCACUUCCAGUCCUUCAACUUCGAUGACCUUUUCAAAGACUACGACCCAUUUGGUCAGCAACAGCAACACCAACACCACUUCCACUCCCACAGUCAUGCCCACCAAAAGAGACACUCUGACAGCCAUUUCCAGGCUCACCGGGAGGCCAUGAACAGGCAGAGGAGACAGUUUCAGCAGGGGUCUUUCGGUGGAGGAUUGUUUGACGACAUGUUUGAGGACUUGGAAAAGAUGUUCUCCUUUAAUACGCACAGUUCCAGAACUGAGAGCAGAUUCCAGAGCUCGGGGAAGCAGCACUGCAGAACAGUGACCCAGCGUAGGGGCAACAUGGUGACCACCUUCACCGACUGCUCCUGAGAGAAGCAGAGCAUGGAAAGCGGCUCUCUUCGAAGAACAGCCACUUGGGACACUGCUGGGUUACGGUCUUUUAGUUGUGGUUUUGGAAUUGAAUGCUAAUUUAUCACUGGGUGGAAUAAGAACAUGGUUUUGUGUGGCUUUUGUAAUUUACCGUAUGUAAUAUCCUCCAGGAACAAAUAUCAAAGUUGGCCUAAUGAAACGGCUGCUUCCGAGCAAUAACUCACACACAUUAUGGCUCACAGCACAGAAAUACGUCUUAUGUUUUAUUGGAAUACCUCCCUCGGUCUCCAGGUUUGUCGUGUUUACUUUUGUCAGUGAAAAUGAAUAAUUUUUAUGAUGGUACACUCUUGUUGUCUCAGGUAUGGCAUUAAAAGAUCAUUUAAAUAGAUUUUUUCUUAUGAAAGCAGUCAGGCAAUAAGAUGUAUUAAACAUUCAUUCACUCAAGAUUUUUAAGCCAUAGACUAUUUUUGUGAUCCCUAAAGCUUUUGCUGGUGUAAAACCAUCUAAGCCGAGUGUACGCUGACAUUGUACAUUUUCUUUCUUGGUUUUUAUUCAUUAGCUUAAAGACUGGCUAAAGUGACACAGUAUCAAAAUUCUUUUAACUCUCACAAAUUUGGAUGUAAAGCGCUUGCAUCAGAUUUUGCUGUGAAAAUGGAGCCUCACCUCGAGAGAUGUGUGCGAGUUAUCAACUGUUACCUCGUUUUUAGUUUUCUUCCUCUAGAGAUGCAUCUACCUUCAAACAGUCAGGCUAGGAAAGGAAAAUCAGUCUCGUGACAAAUGCUGGUAAACUUAACAACAGGCAAAGUUUGUGUACUCACUCAAAUGUUUGGUCUGAAAAGUUAUUUUCCUGAACUGAUCAUAAUGUGCAAUAUUUAGCACCUUUGCUCUUCAUGUUGCCUAUCUUUCAUAGACAGUGCUGUAUAAAUGUCAUUGUCUAACGUUCGCACUUUGUGUAUGUGUGACUGUGUGUUUGUUUGUAUGUAUGUGUGUGUGUGUGUGUGUGUGUGCGCGCAUGCUGAGAGUUCCCUGAAUGUUGAUUGAUUGGAUAAUGUUUGAAGAAUGAAUAAAAAGUUACAAGAGCAAA